GGACCGGAAGUAGCUUCCACCCGACACCAUUUUCCCUGCACUCGCACUUCCGGCAACAGUGGCGGGAAGCGGCCUGCCUGAGGGCGAGUAGGCCUAAGCGCAGGCGAAUCCGGCGGGAAUCGGAGCCAUCAAAACCGCCACCAUGACUGUGGGCAAGAGCAGCAAGAUGCUGCAGCACAUCGACUACAGGAUGAGGUGCAUCCUGCAAGAUGGUCGUAUCUUCAUUGGCACCUUCAAGGCUUUCGACAAGCAUAUGAAUUUGAUCCUAUGUGAUUGUGACGAAUUCAGGAAGAUCAAGCCAAAGAACUCAAAACAAGCAGAGAGAGAAGAGAAGAGAGUCCUUGGUCUGGUGCUGCUUCGAGGGGAGAACCUGGUCUCAAUGACUGUAGAGGGGCCUCCCCCCAAAGAUACUGGCAUUGCCCGAGUGCCACUUGCUGGAGCUGCUGGUGGCCCUGGGAUCGGCAGAGCUGCAGGCAGAGGCAUCCCAGCCGGCGUCCCCAUGCCCCAGGCCCCUGCGGGGCUUGCCGGGCCAGUUCGUGGGGUUGGCGGGCCAUCCCAACAGGUGAUGACCCCACAGGGAAGAGGCACUGUUGCGGCUGCUGCAGCUGCUGCUACAGCCAGUAUUGCAGGGGCCCCAACCCAGUACCCACCAGGCCGUGGGGGUCCUCCCCCACCAAUAGGCCGAGGGGCACCCCCUCCAGGCAUGAUGGGCCCACCUCCGGGUAUGAGGCCUCCCAUGGGUCCCCCAAUGGGGAUCCCCCCUGGACGAGGAACUCCGAUGGGCAUGCCCCCUCCAGGAAUGCGGCCCCCUCCCCCAGGAAUGCGAGGCCUUCUUUGACCCUUGGUCACAGAGUUAUGAAAGUAGCUCCACAGAGGCCCGGGCCCGGGCCCCCGGGGCCACGUUACCACAGACCUGUUUGUUUGUUAUGCCGUUGUUCUGGAGUCUCACCGUUAUUCUGCAAGUCUUACUUCUUACGGAUUGUCUGGUUUCCCUUACAGGGCCCCCUCCCCCGGGAAUGCACCCACCAAGGCCCUAGACUCAUCUUGGCCCUCCUCAGCUCCCUGCCUGUUUCCCGAAAGACUGUACAUAGUCCUUUUAUUUCCUUGUGGCUCGUGAAACAAAUUUAUAAUAAACUCUUAAUAGCCUCUUGUGGAUGCA